AUGUUUCGAUCUUUUGUGUUAAUCGUGGCACUCGUCGAGCUGAUCAACUCGCAAUUGUUAAGAAUUCCAUUAUAUAAGAAAAACUCUAUUCGAAAAUCGAUUGUCAUUGAUAAUCAACAAGGUGAUUUGGUUGAAGCGAUUACAAAGGCACCACUGUUUCAUUAUUAUGACAGACAAUACUAUGGCAUUAUCUCAGUUGGAACCUCACCGCAGAAGUUUAACGUACUUUUCAACACUGGUGCCGCAAAUCUUUUUGUACCAUCCAUUAUCUGCGACAAAGAUAACAUUGUUUGCUCGUCACAUAAAAAAUAUAAUAGCAAUAAAUCCUACACUCACAUAGAAGCUGAUACUUAUAUCGGACUUACGUACGAGGUUGGUGAGCUGACUGGAUACUUAUUUACUGAUGUAGUGAAUAUUGCUGGCGUUAAUGUUCAAAAUCAAACAUUCACAGAAGCGGUAAAACGAGAUCUGACUUUUACCCUUCAGGCAUAUGACGGAAUCGUAGGAAUGGGUUAUACCGAGAUAUUUAACAAAGGAGUGCCUCCCCUUUUCGUCAGCAUGAUUGAACAAGGCCUAGUGUCGGCAUCUGUUUUUAGUUUUUAUCUGAAUCGGCAUGUAUCUCCUUCUUAUGCCUAA